UACACUCCUGCCGCCCAGGCCCAGAUCGGGCAGGCCCGCACCUACCGGGUCUCCAGCCUGCCGCGUGGUUCCCGGCCGGCCGCUGUUGGGGGCGAUGGGGUGCGUCCUCGGUCAGGCUCUGGGAAGGGCGGAGGGAGUUGUUUUGAUCUUUUCGCUACUUACAACCCGAAGCGCCGCCCCUGGAGGCCGCUGGGUGCUCCCGGCGCCCUCGGCUCGCGGGGGAGUUUGCGUUGUGGAUGGUGUAGCCGCUUAGUCUCCUGCCCGGGCGCACGCGGAACGCUUUGUAGGCGCCGGCCGCUGGCGCCCUUCCUUCGGGGUGGCGCGUUUUGGGGACUCGUGGAGAUACUGGCGGCCUUUUAGACGCUUGGGUUGAAGCGAGUAACCCUGACUGUUGUUGGCGCGGUCGGCGACUUCCUGGGGGUCCCGGCGACCUUACAGUGUGUGACCGAACAAUGGAGAGCCCGGGCCUCGGCGUGGCCGCCCGUGGGGAGGUUGGGCCGGGCGAAGGCCGUAGCCUCGCUCUGUCUCUCCCGCCGGCGCCCCGACUCUCCCGCCCCCUGCCCCUGGGCGGCGGGCAUGGGCCCCUGGGUGAGGCCCUGAGACCAGGACCGGGCCCCAAGGGGCGGGGCGCCGACUUUCGGCAAAUUUCAGUGGGAGGGGGCUGCUCUCAAAGUGGAUUAUCCCAACUCCGCCAGGGGCAGGAAGCGGGGUCCCUGCCCCAGCAGCAGAUCCACGAAGAAAGCAACGAAUGAAGAUGAAGACGACUUGGACUCAGAGUCCUCGGGGUCCCCCGCCAACUGCUUCGGCUUUGUUGCCUACUCAGUGGUCUCUGGGGAAAAACCGCGACUCCAGAUUAAGACCUUAACCCAGCAGCCUGCCAAUGCCUCCACCUUCCGGUCCGACCACGCUCUAGACCCCUCUCCGUCUCCCUCGCCCAGAAAGCAACGGUGCUUGGACAAGCAAGAGUCCGGAAAAGAGGAGAGGCGAGAAUGCCGCUCCAAAAGGAAGAGGGCUAGAGAGGGCAACCCCAAUGCUACGCUUGACCUUAUGUGGCUGGGAACAUCUUCCACCAUGGCCACCUCAGCAAGUUCCCACUUAAACAAAGGCAUCAAGCAGGUGUAUAUGUCCCUGCCUCAGGGCGAGAAAGUCCAAGCCAUGUAUAUCUGGAUCGAUGGUACCGGAGAAGGUCUACGCUGCAAGACCCGCACCCUGGACUGUGAGCCCAAGUGUGUAGAAGAGUUACCUGAGUGGAAUUUUGAUGGCUCUAGUACUUUACAGUCUGAAGGCUCCAACAGUGACAUGUAUCUUGUACCUGCUGCCAUGUUCCGGGACCCCUUCCGCAAGGACCCCAAUAAGCUGGUGUUCUGUGAAGUUUUCAAGUAUAAUCGAAAGCCUGCAGAGACCAAUUUGAGGCACACCUGUAAGAGGAUAAUGGACAUGGUGAGCACCCAGCACCCCUGGUUUGGAAUGGAACAGGAAUACACACUGAUGGGGACAGAUGGGCACCCCUUCGGUUGGCCCGCCAAUGGCUUCCCUGGGCCCCAGGGUCCUUAUUACUGUGGUGUGGGAGCAGACAGAGCCUAUGGCAGGGAUAUUGUGGAGGCUCACUACAGAGCCUGCUUGUAUGCUGGAGUCAAGAUUGCCGGGACUAAUGCUGAGGUCAUGCCUGCCCAGUGGGAAUUCCAAAUUGGACCCUGUGAAGGAAUCAGCAUGGGAGAUCAUCUCUGGGUGGCCCGUUUCAUCUUGCAUCGAGUCUGUGAAGACUUUGGGGUGAUAGCAACCUUUGAUCCCAAGCCCAUUCCUGGGAACUGGAAUGGUGCAGGCUGCCAUACCAACUUCAGCACCAAGGCCAUGCGGGAGGAGAAUGGUUUGAAGUACAUUGAGGAGGCCAUUGAGAAACUAAGCAAGCGGCACCAGUACCACAUUCGCGCCUACGAUCCCAAGGGGGGCCUGGACAAUGCCCGGCGCCUAACUGGAUUCCACGAAACCUCCAACAUCAACGACUUUUCUGCUGGUGUAGCCAACCGUAGUGCCAGCAUCCGCAUUCCCCGGACUGUUGGCCAGGAGAAGAAGGGCUACUUUGAAGACCGUCGUCCCUCUGCCAACUGCGACCCCUUCUCGGUGACAGAAGCCCUCAUCCGCACGUGUCUUCUCAAUGAAACUGGCGAUGAGCCCUUCCAGUACAAAAACUAAAUGGACUAGACCAUUGAGCCCCUCUGGUUCUCCAUCCCACUCCAAAUCUUCCCCCCUCUCCCAAUUGCCCCAGUUGUAACUCAAAAGGGUGGAAUAUCAAGGUCUUUUUUUUUUAUUCCUCAUGCCCAGUUAAUCUUGUUUUCUUUGGCCAAGAUAGAGGGGUCAAGUUCUUAAUCUCUUUUCACCCACCCUCCUUUUUUCCCCCCUAUCACUGAAGCUUUCUAGUGCACUAGUGGGCAGGGAGGGGCGUAACCACUACUUCCACUUAAUGGGGUAAGCUUGUCCAGUAGGCAUAGCUAUCCAGGCGGAGCAUGUCUGCUGGAGGGGGAGGGCUUUUUCUUCAGGUUAGCUGAAAGGGGAAAACCUGUACUCUAGGUUAGGACUUCCCUUGGUGGAAAAGUUGGAAGAGAUAACCAACAUGUGGGAAUUAGAGAAAAUAGAGGUUGGAGAUCAGGGAGGGAAAUGCCCUCCCUCUCAGGCCACACUUCCCUUGCUUGGAGCUAAAUGCCCUCCCCUCAGCAAAAAGCUCAGAGUAAACUGAUGGAUAUCCCUACCUUAAAAAAAGAAAAGAUUCUUAUUGCUUGGUCCUCCUUUAUAACAAAAAGCAGAGUAGUAUUUUUAUAUUUAAAUGUAAAAACAAAAAAAUUUUUUAUAUGGGUGUGUGGAUUGUUUGUGUUUCUAAAGGUAAAAACCAUCUGGGUCACAGGGAGCCAAAGAGAAGUAUCUCCUUUCGAGGAGGCGGUGGGGAAAGUGGUGGUGCUUGGAAAGUUGGUAAUUGGGGGUUAUAAUUCCUCAUUACCAUUUCAGGGUCUCUGCCCUGCCCACCCUCCCGAGGGAGAAAGUGGGCACUGAUAAACUGACAGGCAGAUGCAGGCUAACUAGCAGUCACUUGAUCACCAUGGCUCUGUUUUGCAAGAUACACAUACUUGUCCACACACGGGUUUGGAUAUGAGUUGGCUGGUCAACUUGAGCAUGUUAGCGACAGGAGAUAUACACGUAUUAGGGUUAUUUUCUGGUGGGAAUAGCAUGUCACUAAAGCAGGCCUUUUGAUAUAUUAAAAAAAACUUUUAAGCGCAAAAUAGAAGGUUAGAUUUUAAUCAAAUUUGUAGGGUUUCUAAGUAAUUUUACGUAAUUGCUUAUUUGCUUCAACUGUGUCCUUUCACCUCUGCUCUUGGAGGAGACAAGAGACAGGGCUGGUGGCAAAAACACUUGUGAUUUUUGUAUCCUGUUGUCUUCUCCCAGUGCAAAAUACUCUUUUCCUUUGUUAGGAUUGCUGAGGAGUUAUUUUUUUCUUUUAUAAUAAAAAACCCCACCUUCAUCCUGACAUUUCCCCUCCUGUUCUGGUGGUUUGUCGUGUCGGCUGCAGCAGACCAGCUGUGGUUCUCUUGCUGUGAUGAGUUCUGAUUGCCAUGUACCAUCUGUUCAGAGUUAGAUAACUCCUCAUUGUAAACAAACUGUAACUGCCCAGAGCAGCUCUUAUAAAUCAGCCUAACAUUUAUAA